AUGAGUUUUCUUGGUGAUGUUUAUCCUCUUCAACUUGAAAUCCUCCAAGGAAUCUCGCCCACUGAGGAUCCCAAGGAGCAGUCGUGGUUCCUCUGCGUCGCCAGUGACGAGCAGGGCACGGACGCCUGUCGAGGCCCGGCACGACGUGCUGGGCACGUGGCGGUGGUCGUGGAUCGGCGCUUGUUCAUCAGUGGAGGAGCAUGUGGCACCCAGUACUAUGGGAAGGGCAAGUGGUACAUUUUGGACACCGAUGCGCCGCCUGUGAUCGAUGUCGCAGCGGCUCCUGUUUGUGCCGACUCCGUUCGGCGAGUGAUGAGUGAGUAUUUGAACAACGAGCAGUUCUCCGACGUCUCCUUCCUGGUGGAAGGCCGACGGUUGAUGGCCCACCGGAUGCUGCUGACGCUCUUCUCGGACUACUUUCGUCGGGCCUUUGCUUGCGGAAUGCGCGAGACCUUUGAACCGGACAUUGUCAUCGAGGACGUUUCCUAUGACACGUUCUAUGCCCUGCUGGAGUUUAUCUACACCGGGAAGCUGCGAUUGUCACAGACGCAGCAAGGAGACGUGUGCUUCCUGAUGGGUUUGCUACGCGCUGCCGAUCAGUUUUGCGUUGAUUGUGUGAAACAACUCUGCGAGAAGCACUUGAGUUUGGCGGUCGAUGAAGAAAAUGUGGAAGUUUUUCUGAACGAAGCUGAGCGUUUUCAAGCGUUGCAAUUGGUGCAGUAUUGCGAGUGGUUCCAGCGUCAGCAGGACUGGGAACGGCCCGGCGGAGGCUGCCGCGCGGGACACGCACAGCUGGCGCGGAGAUGGAAGCUGACCUCCUUGGAGGCUCCGAUGUCUGAGGAAGGCCCGAUGAGCGAGGAGAAUGGAAUGGACUAGCUGCGGCUGCUGUGGCUUCAACAGGUGAC